AUGAUAGACAGGCAGCUGCCUGGCUCGCUCGCGAUUGCAUCGAAAAUGCGGUUCAGGUGGGUAUCGCUGGCGUUUCUAUCCGGUGUUCACGCUCCUAUGAGUGUCUCUGUCCUUCGCUGGGUUAUUCUAGGAGCACCAGGAGUAGGUAAAGGGACAUACGCAUCCCGCCUUGCUCGCAAGUUUGGUCUGAAGCAUAUCAACUUUGGAGAGUACCUCCGAGAGUCGCAGCUCAACGGGCGCGGAGCGACAGCGGCUGCGGAGGCUAUGCGCGUCCUUCAGCAGCAGGGCGACCUCCUACCAGACUCGUUCGUUGAACCUCUGGUCAAGGAUCUGCUGUCUGAUCUUGAAAGACGGUCUUCCGCGCAACAAGGAUGGAUUUUAGACGGUUUUCCGCGAACGGCAGCACAAGCUCGCUGGUUGGACGGCGUAUUCCCAGUGCAGGGCGCUCUACUGCUGACCUUACCGCGCGAGGUUCUGAUCGCCAAGUUGGCUGGGCGACGAGUCUGCGUAACGUGUGGCAAGACCUACAACUUUAUGUAUAUUAACGAGGCGGGCAUGCGAAUGCCACCGCUGCUACCACCUGGGUGUCGCUGGGCGCCUUGCGUUUCACCCGACACAACGGUCUGCACGUGUCCGCGAGACGAUACGGAGAACGGGGUGCCGCUGCUCUGCGAAGCGUUGCCAAAGGGCUGUGAACGAGGAACUGCGUGUUCUGGACGUUUGCACUGUCGCGACGAUGAUCGACUGGCAGUUGUCAGGCAUCGCCUAGAGGUCUACGAGUCGCAAGGGGCAAGCGUCGAACACUACUACGAUACGACCGGCCGAUUGCAUCGUUUCGCCCUGACUGGUGGUGUUGACGCGAUCAUUCCUCAUCUCGAGGCUUUCUACGGGGAGCGAGCGAUUGCAUCUGUUCGGGGAUCUCGGCACCAGCACGCUGCACAUACGUCCAUGGGGCAAGCGCCAAGCGCAGCGGCGACCAGUGAUGAGCGCUGA